AUGAUAUUUGAUUUUGCAUUAAAAAAUUGCUGUGAAAGAAAUCAAUAUAUAACCUUCAUAAAUAUUUCCGUGUGUGCAAUUAUAAAUAUAAUUUGUUGGAAAUGGAAAAUUCUAGAACCAUUCAAAUUGUUGACAGUUUUUUUACAUGAGUUUUCUCAUGCCUCUGCUUGUUGGUUAACUGGAGGCAAGGUCAAGGCAAUCGAGGUAAAUAAAGAUCAUGGAGGUUCGACAAGAACAGUUGGAGGUAAUCAAUAUGUUAUAUUACCAGCUGGAUAUAUAGGUUCCUGUUUUUAUGGAAUGUUUUUUAUAUUAAUGGCUUAUUUAAGUAAAUGGACGUUAUUAAUAUCCACAGUAUUUUUAUGUUUUUUAUUAUUACUAGUAUUGGUAGUAUUUGCAAAGAAUAUGUUUUUACGUUUUCUAUGUUUAUUAUUUUUAACUAUAACAAUAUCUAUAUGGGUAUUAUGUGAAUAUUAUAAGGAUAAAGUAUAUUAUUGGCCAUUAAUAAUAAUAAUGACUUUUAUAGGAGUAUUAAAUGAAAUGUAUAGUAUAGUUGAUAUUUUUGAAGAUUUAAUAACUAGAUCAACACCUGAUUCAGAUUCAUAUAAGUAUGCAAAAUUAACAAAAUGUAGUUCUAAAUUAUGUGGUGUUUUAUGGCUUUUAAUUAAUUUAUUUUUUAUUGUUUUAACCAUAUAUUUAAUUGGAGCUAUUCAAGUACAAAAUUUUGAUACACAAUUAUAUCACAAAGUGGAUAUACAAAUCAAAAAAUAA